AUGGCCCAGGAGAACGCCGACGCCCGCAUCCAGCAGUGGCGCGCCCGCACGCAGGGAGGCAACGUCAAGGCCAUUUCCGACGCGGUCAAGAACAAGCCUUUCUCUGCGCCUCCCGCGGUUGCGACGGACGGGGCUGGACAGAAGACGGCGGCGAAGCCGACCGCGGAACCGUCCCGGCUGGUCGCCGAGGCUGUCAGGCAGGUGAGCGCCAAGCAGCACGCUAAGCUGGACGACUGGCGCCAGAACGCCUACUUCGAGAUGGUGCGCGACUCCAUCGAGGUUCUGCCGGCGCCCUCGGCUGAGUGGGCCUUCGGCGACAACCCCGGGGCCCUCCGCGGCGCCUUGCGGGCGAUCGCCGGCACCGCCAGUGGCACUGGCGACAUCGAGGCGGGGCUUCUCGCCAAGGCACCCGAAGAUUCCAUUGAAUCGCUCGCCGCCCUGGGGGACGCCAUCCGGGCCAGCGGCCAGUGGCCGACCGCUCUCCGCACGGCCGUGACCACCAUGGUUCCCAAAGUCCGCGAUGGCGUCUUUACGGAGGAUCUGCGGCCUAUCAUAGUCGGCGCGGCCGUCUUCCGCGCUCUUCAGAAAGUGAUCCUGGGGCGAUACAAGAGAUGGGCUGAGGCUGUGCAGCCCGCCAACACGAUUCAGAACAGGCUCUGCAUGGACUUGGAUAUAGAGACCGCGCGAGCUUCUGGCGCACCCUUCAUCGUUCGACAGUCUGACUUGUCGAAUUGCUUCACCAGGCUGCAACCUGAGCUGGCCCACCGCCUCGCGAUGGCGUUCGAGCGUGGUAUGCCGCAAGGUUACCCUGCGUCGCCGCUGGCCGCCGCCCAGUUCGCUGGGGCCCACGCGCGGCGGUUGGUCGCCCUGCACAAUCCUGAUUAUUUUUCGUUCCGCACGUACGUGGACGACCGCACCCUCACCGCUUGGGACAUCGACACCACGAUCGCUGUCGAGGGGUCUCUCAAGGAGCUGGACAUCGCGAGUGGCAAGAAGGAGGACCCCAGCAAGGAGAACCCCAGCAAGGAGCGCGAGAGGGCCGGCAAGCCCAUCCAGGGGCACCUGGACCUCCUCGGCGUCCGCUUUGACCUCACAGGCACGGCUACGCCUUCGGAGGCCCCGCGGGCAGCCCGACGCAGGAAGGAGCUCUACAGCCGCUUGGGCAGGAUCCGCCGCGUGUGUGGCGGAGCUCAGUUGGCCAUCUCCCUGGUCUUCAGAAUCGUUCUCUUCACCAUGAGCCUUCUUCGCUGGGACGGGCCGUGGUGCUCCAUGAAGGGGUGGUUGAUCGAACCCGUGGGCGUCAUCUUCUCCAGCUUCAUCAGCCUCUUGCGCUGCACGAAGAAUGGCCCCUUGCAGCCGCUCAUCCGGCGGGCAUGGCGGUCGAUAGCCGGAGGGCCCCCGCUCCUCGAGAAUUGGAUUGGCCGCAUGCGCACCACGUUCGACAGCAUGGGCUGGCAGUGCGCCAACGACGAUCCGUACGCGCCGACCUUCGCAGGGGCGCCGUUCACCUUCUCAAUGUCCAAGGGCAAGCUCGACCACUAUGUCCGCGAGGCGUGGCGCAGCUUCAUGAUGAGGGACGCCAGCACCACCACGGUUCGCAAGAAGCGGCUGGACUUGCCGAGCCUGGAGGUCAAGACCCUCCGGAAUUUCGUGGACCAGCAGCCCAAGUACAAGAUGCAGACUCUGCAGCCGUACUACGACAUCCUGGCAGGCCGCUGCGCCUUCUAG